AUGGAGGGAGGGAAUCACUCCGUGGUGUCUGAAUUUGUGUUCCUGGGACUCACCAACACAUGGGAGAUCCGACUGCUUCUCCUGGUGUUCUCGUCUGUGUUCUAUGUGGCAAGCGUUGCCGGAAACAUCCUCAUUGUCUUUUCUGUGACCACUGACCCUCAUUUACAUUCCCCCAUGUAUUUCCUACUGGCCAAUCUCUCCUUCAUUGACUUGGGGGCCUGCUCCACUGCUUCCCCCAAGAUGAUUUAUGACCUUUUUAAAAAGCACAAAGUCAUCUCUUUUGGUGGUUGCUUUACCCAGAUCUUCUUCAUCCAUGUUGUUGGUGGUGUGGAGAUGGUGCUACUCAUAGCCAUGGCUUUUGACAGAUAUGUCGCCAUAUGUAAACCUCUUCACUAUCUGACCAUUAUGAGUCCACGAAUGUGCAUUUUUUUCCUGUUUGUUGCCUGGGCCCUUGGUAUUAUGCAUUCCCUGUUCCAACUGGCAUUUAUCAUUAACUUACCCUUCUGUGGUCCUAAUGUAUUAGACAGCUUUUACUGCGACCUACCCAAGCUCCUCCAACUAGCCUGCAGAGAUACCUAUAAACUACAAUUCAUGGUCACUGUAAACAGUGGAUUCCUUUGUGUUGGAUCUUUUCUUAUUCUUCUUAUCUUCUAUGUUUUCAUCCUGCUUACUGUUUGGAAACAUUCAUCUAAUGGUUCAUCCAAAGCCCUCUCCACCCUGUCAGCUCAUAUCACGGUGGUAUUUUUUUUCUUCGGACCCACUGUCUUUAUCUACACGUGGCCAAAUCCCAGUUCCAGAAUGGAUAAGUUUCUUGCUCUCUCUGAUGCAGUUCUCACUCCUUUUCUAAAUCCAGUCAUCUACACAUUCAGGAACAAAGAGAUGAAGAUGGCAAUGAAGAGAGUUUUUAGAUUACUGGUGAUUUUAAGAAAGAUCUCAUGA